CCUGAAAGUCGCGAUGUGAUCAAGAGAAAAAGAAAACAACACAUAAAAGUCAAACUUACGUAUGCUGAAGCAUCAUCCCUCUUCACCAUACCGUUAUUAUGGGCUGGCAAUCAUCGGUUCUUCGAGAUGAGAGGGUGGUCUUCACCGGCAUUGGCUUCGUCACGGCGAGCUUGAUCAUCUUCGCCAUGAAUACUUGGCUAACAAGAUGGCGAGACGAGACCAUUGUCACCCCCAAUCCGCCAAAGACGCAGUACAUCACGCAGCAGACCGAGGAUUCGCUCGAACUCAAGACGCUGGACACCUUGCUGGGCCACUACAACUACGCCAUAAAGGAGACGGCUGCCAAGAUAAUCUGUGAUAGGGCUGCAAAUGACCCCGGUCUCCUGGAGACGUUGCUCUGGGGCGUCACCCGUCCAGGUUAUGACGAGCGUGUCAAGAACUUGAGGGCUCUGGCUGUCAUCUGUGUCCCUCGAGUUCUCCCUAUGCUUCACACUUGGAAAGCAUAUUCCGCCAUAGUCCGGUGCCUCGAGCUCUCCCUCGACCCGGAGCAGGAGGUUCUCGAGAAUGAUGGAUGGGACGAUUAUCCAUUGAGGGACAUCACCGAGAAAAUGUGCUUCAUUUUUCUUGAGCAGCUGGUUGAUCAUUACGGGCCAGAGAUGCUGAUCCGCUCCAAGUUCGUUGAACGUUGGCUGUCCAAGCAAAACUGGGGCAGGACUGAGGAAGACAGACAGCGCAACUUCCACAACUAUAUGCUGUACAGGGAUAACAAGAUAAAGAGGCUUGCGGAUGCGGUGCGCAAAACUGGAUCGGGAAGGUCGGUGCUGGUCAGAUGUGGUCUCAUGUCCCAAGAAGGGGCUGACGACUUCGCGGCUGAGCAGGCCGAUAACUUGAACCUCAUGGACACAAGCGGCGAGCGCUAUAACCUCCUGCUCUCUAUCAACAUGGGUAGGACUCCGCGGGCGCAGGAGACGAGUGCUGAGGAGCAGCGGAUUAGACAUCGGAAUCGCGAGGCUAUUGUGGUGAACGAUGGGACUAGGCCGAUUGGAAGGGACGAUAUCAUUCACCGAGACACGGAAUGGCGGGUUUUGGGAGAGCCUGGUCAGUCUUAGAGGAGCGGCUCAGUAACUGCUACAGGAAUUUUUUACCAUCGCGUUGUGUUUUUCCUGUGUUAGGAAUAUGGGCACGCAUAAGGAAGAUCAAAAUGAGAGUAAGAAAGCUCGAGUAUUGAUUAAGUAGCAAUUGUAUGAAUCAU